CCGUAUGUAGUAUUCAAUAGACGCCCCAAUUACCUAGAAGAUGAUUGGCUGCUAUCAUUGCGUCACCGGAAUAUAACUUGUCUCUGGUUCAAACCUCUUGGCGAUGCGCACGUCAAAAAUAUGUGAAAAAGUGCGUACACAAACAAUAAAAAAAGUCAAGAUAUUUAAAAAAAUCGUUUUAAGCGUCAACACUUGUUCUGGGACAAGCAGGGUGAAGGCAAACAAGGCAAAUUAAACACUCGAGUUGUGAAGAGCCAGUUUCCAUGGUAACAUGGGUACAAGCAACAUGGAGUUCCUGCAAUGGAGUUGUGAAGAUGUUGCGACAUGGAUUGAAUCCAUUGGAUUUCCACAAUAUAAACUGUGCUUCACCGAGAACUGUGUCACGGGCAGGAAGCUGAUCUUUGUGGAUUGUGUCCACAUGCCAAGACUUGGAAUCACAGAUUUUAAUGACAUGCAGGCUAUCGCGGCGCGUGUGCGCGAGCUGCUGGGAAUCUCAGAGGUCCUGUGGAGUCGCAGCAUCGCAGACCCGCCACGGGACAUCGAGGGCCUCUUCCUGGAGAUGAAGAGCCGCACGGGGGUGAAGACGGACGAGCUCACAACUCAGCAGCUGCUGGAAGACAUCAGCCACUGACAAGAUCAAAGUAUGGACAGUGAACCGCUGUGCAUUCCAGACGCUGACACCCUUAAAAAGAUUUUAUCCUUAUUCAACUUUUUAAACACCUUCCCGAUUGUAAACGGGCAAAAUCACGACGCUAACGGACAU